UAUUUAUGGUGAAACGUUUAACUAAGAUCAUCAUCGAUGAUGUUGAAGAACCCACAUCUUCACCACAAAAGUGCCCUAACUAGUGCAUCUUUGCCCCUAUAUAUACUUGGGAAAGACCCUCGCAAAAGCCGUAGCAAUAGUUUGUUCUUCGACCAAAGUAAACUCUCUUUGCCUAUUACUUGGAAAGAGAGAAAGAAGGUUCACAUAGGGUGCUUGAAACCUGUGAUGGCUAGUGGCAAGACCAGCACUACAACAUCUCUAAGUGUGAAGGCUCUUGUGAGUGUGAAGCAUAGUGGGGGUGGGCUUCUAAGGAACCUCGUUGAUGGAGGUGUUGGUGAGAUCAAAGAGUUGGUUGGGAAAACACUUGUUUUGGAGCUUGUGAGUGAGGAUCUUGACCCAAAAACGAACUCGGAGAGAAAGGCAGCAGAAAGAAAAGUGCACAAGAUAGAGACGAAGGACGAUGAGGUUCAAUAUGAGGCUACAUUUGAGUUACCAGUAGCUUUCGGGAAUGUGGGUGCUGUUUUAGUGCAGAAUGAGGAUCAUAACGAGGUGUUUCUGAAGAGCAUAGUUCUUGAUGGCUUUCCUAAUGGUCCUGUGCACUUUACCUGCAAUUCAUGGAUUCAGCCAAAGAGUGAUGAUAUUCAUAUCAAGAGAAUUUUCUUUACCAACAAGUUGUAUUUGCCAUUUCAAACACCAAGUGGAUUGAAAAGAUUGAGAGAAGAAGAGUUGCAACAAUUAAGAGGGAAUGGAGAAGGAGAACGUAAGAGUUCUGAUAGAAUAUAUGACUAUGAUGUAUAUAAUGAUCUUGGAGAUCCUGAUACCAAUAUUGACCUCAAAAGAUCUGUUCUUGGUGGUAGCAAGCAAUAUCCAUAUCCAAGACGAUGUCGUACUGGACGAAAACACUCAGAUACAGAUCCGUUGUAUGAGAAGAGAGCAUUGAAUUACUAUGUUCCUCGUGAUGAGGUGUUUGGUGAUACAAAGCAAACACAGUUCACAACAACUACAGUAUCAUCAGGACUAAGUGCAGUUUUGGAAUCCUUAGAUGCGAUUCUGAGUGACAUAAAUAUUGGAUUUGAAAGCUUCGAAGACAUAAACGAGCUCUAUAAAGAAGGAUUUGAGUUGCCACCGCUUCAAGCCAAUGGGUUGAAUUUUCUCCAAAGAGUCAUUCCCAAGAUAAUCAAUGAUAAACAGAACCUUUUGCGUUUCGAUACUCCAGAAGCAUUUAAAAGGAAUAGAUUCUUCUGGUUAUCAGACGAGGAAUUUGCAAGGGAAACUUUAGCUGGUGUCAACCCAUAUAGCAUCCAAUUGGUCAAGGAAUGGCCUUUGAGAAGUAAAUUAGAUCCCCAAAUCUAUGGUUCACCAGAAUCAGCUAUCACAAGAGAAGUUAUUGAGUCACAAAUAACUGGAUAUAGCACGAUUGAAGAGGUAAUUAAAGAGAAGAAAUUGUUUAUUUUAGACUACCAUGAUUUAUUAUUACCAUAUGUAAGCAAAGUGAGAGAGAUUGAGGGCACCACACUAUAUGGAUCACGAACACUAUUCUUUCUCACUAAACAAGGCACAUUAAAACCAUUAGCUAUUGAGCUCACAAGACCAACUAUGGAAGGCAAGCCACAAUGGAAGCAAGUCUUCACUCCAGCUAAUCAUUCAACCAAUCUUUGGCUUUGGAGGCUUGCCAAAACUCAUGUUCUUGCCCAUGAUUCAGGUUAUCAUGAACUUGUAAGCCAUUGGUUAAGAACUCAUUGUGCUGUAGAACCAUUCAUUAUUGCAACAAAUAGGCAACUUAGCGCCAUGCAUCCAAUCUAUAAAUUAUUGCAUCCACAUAUGAGAUAUACCAUGGAGAUCAAUGCCCUUGCUCGUGAGGUGCUCAUCAGUGCAGGUGGGGUUAUUGAAGUUUCCUUCUCUACUAGAAAAUAUUCAAUGGAAUUAAGCUCCGUGGCAUAUGAUCAACUUUGGCAAUUUGAUUUGCAAGCACUUCCCAAUGAUCUUAUUUCAAGAGGAAUGGCUGUGAUAGAUCCAAGUGCACCUCAUGGUCUAAAGUUAACAAUUGAAGACUACCCUUUUGCUAAUGAUGGUCUCCUUAUAUGGGAUGCCAUCAAACAGUGGGUAACUGAGUAUGUUAAUCAUUACUAUCCAAGUUCAAGCCUCAUAGAGUCUGACCAAGAGCUCCAAGCAUGGUGGAAAGAAAUUCGAACAGUGGGUCAUGGAGACAAAUCUGAUGAACCAUGGUGGCCAAGUCUUAAAACACCCAAAGACCUUAUUGACAUCAUUACAACUAUAGCUUGGGUAUCUUCUGCUCAUCAUGCAGCAGUGAACUUUGCCCAAUAUACUUAUGGAGGCUAUUUCCCAAAUAGACCUACAAUUGCUAGAAAUAUAAUGCCAACAGAAGACCCUUCAAAGGAAAAGUGGGAAAAAUUCUUAAAUAACCCUGAUAGAGCCCUUUUGGAGGGUUUACCAUCACAGAUACAAUCAACCCUGGUGAUGGUAGUUUUGAAUUUAUUAUCUGAUCAUUCUCCAGAUGAAGAAUACAUCGGGCAAUUUGUUGAGUCUUCAUGGGUUGAGAAUCCAACUAUAAAGGCAGCCUUUGAAAGGUUUAGUACAAAAUUGAAAGAGAUUGAAAGUAUUAUAGAUUCAAGGAAUUCGAAUAGUGAUUUGAAAAAUAGGAAUGGAGCUGGGGUAGUGCCUUAUGAGCUAAUGAAGCCAUUCUCAGGGCCUGGAGUCACUGGAAAGGGAGUUCCAUAUAGCAUAUCAAUUUGAAGAUUGUUCUUUUAGUAUUAAUAAUUUCUUUCUAGUGCAAUGUCUUUUAUGGAAGUCCUUAAUAAAAUAUUUAAUAGAAUCUUUUCAUAUCCCAAAAUUUUCCUGAUUAUGAA